UAUUCUGACUAAAAUAAGCUCAGAUUUUGUAAAUAAUUAUAGAUAUAUAAAUGAUUCUCCUUACCUGAUGCAAAGAUGUUUCCUCAUAAGAGAUAAAAAGCACCUCUGCAGGUUGUCGCCCCUUCUUUGUCACUCUUCACGCCUGGCAUAUUUCACUUGCCCUCAAAGAGCAUUCAUAUUUGUCUUUAUGGAAAUGCUAUUUGCAUUUGACCAAUCGCAAGGUCAUAUUUGCAUUUCACCAAAAAAUCUGUAAAAAGCAAGUGUGGUCAUGUAGUUACAGCAGGCUCUAGAUAAGAGCGUGAUUUUUUUUUUUUUAAAUUGUGAAAAACCACACAGUCAUAGUUAACUUGUCAGUUUAAAAAGAGAAAAGCCGGCAUUCAUUGACCUUCAUAACCUUCCCAUCCUGGGCCAGACUCGGAUCUGUUUGUAUCCUGACAUAACUUGUCUUGUUUUACUUCCUUAUUCUUUCUCCUCUGUCUCUAUUUAUCCUCUGCCACCUGUCCUUGUGUCUCUUGUUUCAGCUGUGAGGUCAGCAGCAAACCCUUCGCUCAUUAUCCUGCCUGUCAGACUUCAGCUUAUGUUCCCAAAAGCUGUUAAUAAUCCGCAUACAGUCCCCUGUCCUCCUUUUCUAAAUUUUGCCACACACACGCAUCACCCCAGAGGACCCCUUAUAUAAAGCUCUGUCUCCCCUGUAGUUGUUACUCCUCUUUUUUUGUCAUCAUCAGUGAAACAUCCUUUUGCUGUUCAGUGUCACCAUGUCUGAUUUAGAAGAUCAUGGAGGCCAUCAGGAGGAAGAAGAUGAGGAGCAGGGAGAGGGAGAAGAACGCCCCAAAUACAAGCCGGUCACACAGCUCGCUGCCCCUAAAAUCCCUGAGGGGGAGAGGGUUGACUUUGAUGACAUCCACAGAAAAAGGAUGGAGAAAGAUCUUCUGGAGCUGCAGACUCUGAUUGACGUCCAUUUUGAGCAGAGGAAGAAAGAGGAGGAGGAGCUGAUUGGACUCAAAGACAGGAUUGAGAGCCGCCGGGCAGAAAGAGCUGAGCAGCAGCGUGUGAGGGCUGAAAAAGAACGGGACAGACAGACACGCAUUGCGGAGGAGAGACAGAGAAAAGAAGACGAAGAGGCGAAGAAGAGGGCCGAUGAUGAGGCCAAGAAGAAGAAAGUGCUCUCCAACAUGGGGGCUCACUUUGGAGGCUUCCUGGCUAAGGCAGAGCAGAGGCGAGGCAAAAAGCAAACUGCGAGGGAAAUCAAGAAGAAGACUCUGGCAGAGAGACGCAAGCCAUUGGCCAUUGAGACCCUGAGAGAGGACGGCCUGAGAGAGAGAGCCAAGGAGAUGUGGGAAUGUAUCUACGAGCUGGAGUCAGAGAAAUUUGACCUGACUGAGAAAAUGAGGAGACAGAAGUACGAGAUCAACGUUCUCCUGAACAGAAUCACACAUGCUCAGAAAUUCAAAAAGGUCCAUGGUAAGGGGAAGGUCGGAGGACGCUGGAAGUGAACUCACACAGGAGGCACAAUGAAACAAGAAGAUGGUUCACAAGUUUUAGGAGUUCUGCAGAGAGUUCUGU